AACUUCACAGUGUGACACCCGGCGGAUGUAAACAAAGAAGCAUGAGCAGAGUUUGCUUCACUGCUGUGUGGACUGAGCUGUAAAACGGCUGUAUUAUAGUAUGAAUGAGAAAUAUCAGAGCGUUAAAGUAACGAUGUGUUCAGUUGAGUAUCUGAGAGAGUUGAUCAGCGACAGACUAGCUGCUGCUGCUGGAGAAAUAUUCUCAGAGUUUGAAAAAACCAUCGUCCAGUACCAGGAGGAGAUCGAUCGUCAGCGCAGACUGCUGGAUGUCAUCUGGAAACCACACAUCCCCUUACAACCCAUAGAGCUCCCACAGUCUUAUGUCUGUGAGAAUGAGAAGACUGUCAUUGACCAUCAGCCCCAUGACCAGGAGAAAAACUCCAUGGUGGACCAUGAGGACCCAGAGCCUCUACGGAUUAAAGAUCAGCAGGAGGAACUCUGCACCAGUCAGGACCAAUCAAACCCAGAGAUUUCUCAAAUUAAAAUGGAACAGGAAGAAUUGUGCACCAAUCUGGACCAAUCAAACCCAGGGUUACCACAAAUUAAAGUGGAACAGGAUGAACUCUGCUCCAGUCAGGAUGAAGAGUUAAUUGGAUUGAAACAGGAGACUGAUACCUUUGAGGUGACUCCUGCUGAUGAGGAAAGUGACCACAGUGAACCAAAACCAAACAGUGAUCAGCUCCUGUUUCACAUCUCUUGUGUAGCUGAGAGCCCAGAUCAGGAAGGAAACAAGGAUGUAGACUCAGGAUCAACUAGAUGUAUCGAGCAGAAACCAAGACAUCAGAGUAACAACAGUCACAGUAAUGAUGUAGACAAUGCUCCAACAUCAGCGAGACAGUGUGAUAAUGACAAGGCAAGAAAAUGUGCAACAUGCGAGGUCUGUGGAAAAGCUUUUAGUCGUAAAUCAAAUUUAAUCAAACAUCACAGAACCCACACAGGUGAGAAGCCAUAUUCUUGUGAAACCUGUGGAAAAAGCUUCAGUCAGCGGAGCUCUUUGACUGAACACUUGAAAUAUCACACAGGUGAGAAGCCGUAUGUUUGUGGAACCUGUAAAAAAGGCUUUAUUCGACGGACCCAUUUGACUGCCCACAUGAGACGUCACACAGGUGAGAAACCAUAUGUUUGUAACAUUUGUGGAAAAAGAUUUUCUAGUUCAUCAGCACAUAAUAGGCACAUGGCAGUUCACAAAAUGGUAAAGCCAUAUUCUUGUGGAACCUGUGGAAAAAGCUUCAGUCAGCGGAGCUCUUUGACUGAACACUUGAAAUAUCACACAGGUGAGAAGCCGUAUGUUUGUGGAACCUGUAAAAAAGGCUUUAUUCGACGGACCCAUUUGACUGCCCACAUGAGACGUCACACAGGUGAGAAACCAUAUGUUUGUAACAUUUGUGGAAAAAGAUUUUCUAGUUCAUCAGCACAUAAUAGGCACAUGGCAGUUCACAAAAUGGUAAAGCCAUAUUCUUGUGGAACCUGUGGAAAAAGCUUCAGUCAACGGCGCUCUUUGACUGUCCACAUGAGAUGUCACACAGGUGAGAAGCCAUAUUCUUGUGGAACCUGUGGAAAAAGCUUUAAACAUAGUUAUCAAUUAAAAGCCCACAUGAGAAUCCACACAGCUGAGAAGUCAUGAUCCUGAAACAUCUGUGAAAAAUAAAGAAGAACUAAGCUUGAAACAACAUGUAAGAAUUGGUACAGGUUAAAAGUAGAUGUUUUAGAUUUAAAGCAGCUUUCGUCUGUGCUUCAACAACAAUUGUGAGGAAGUAUGUAAGCAAUCCUUGAUGAUUAGACCAGAUGGAGUCUGGACUGUGGUGGUGGAGCAGCAGGCAGAAGAACCAAACUGAAUGUCUGGAUGGAUAUGGUAUUGGUACAGACUGCUACAUUUCUGCUAUCAUGACAUCCUUCAUCAGCAGAGCACUGAUUGGAGAUAAUGUGAAGCUGUUUGGAACAUUUUCACAUCCUGCUGAGAGAACAUGGCUGUUCAGGUGUGAACAUACUGCUGGAAUCCACUCAGCUUGAGCUCUGCUGUCUUUCAAGUAAAAGGAGGCAACGAGAUACAGAGACAUUGUGACAGUAGAACACAACAGAGUGUGUCACUGCAGCAGAGGAGAUCUGGACGUGAAAUAAAGUUGUAAUAAAACGUCUACAGCUCCAUGACUGCUUCAUGAAAUGUUUUGAAUGUUUUCAAACAGAUGAACAUUUACAAGUUGUUUAAUAAUUAAUGUAACAUUGAAGAUCCCCAGCAAGAAUAACUCUGAGUCAGAUAUCAAAGACAUAACCAACAUUAUUAUGUUUUCAAGCAACAGACACGUGGUUUUACUAGUAGUAGCUGAUACACUCCUGCAAAUGUCAAAACCAGAAAUGUUAAAAACAGGUGAAGCUGUGCUGCAGUUUCUGCUGGUUACAUAAAGGUCUUAUGCUAUUUAUUUCUUCUAUUGUCACCACAUAGGUCAUCUGUGUGAUUUGUUAGUAGGAUCUCAUUGUGUCGUCAUACAGCACAUUGAACCCUUGUAUUGUCUGAACGUCCUGAACACUCCUCCUGUCCUCAGGGUCAGAAAUGACCUGCCUCCACUGAGCCUCUAAAAUAGAGCAGCUUAAUGGAAUUUUUAACCAAAAAUCUAUUUUACUUGAAGAAACAACCUGUCAUGCAUCACACACUUUGUGAAUGCCUGUUUUUGCUUCCUCAGAGGGUAGAAAGACUGUAUUUAAUCAGUGAACACCAUUCGUUUUUAUACCAUUGUUCAUGCUGUAACUGUUUUCUUUCUAUAAGUAGAGGUUUAUUAUCACUAUUAUUGCUGCUAAAGGUACUGCACAGGUGUAAACAUUUCUUGUUUUGCAAGAGAUAAUACUUCUAUAGCCUAAUAAAGUACCAGAAAUGUGCAGAAAUGAACUUGAAAUGCAUUUUUGAAAGGAAACAACAGUGUACUGUAUCCUGUACAAUGGAAUAUAAAACUACAAAACUCAACUACCA